CUGAAUGAUAAGAGACUGGGUUCGAUUUACUUCUUGAGAUCCAUGUUGUUUCCGGCCAACACGUUUAGUACAAAGUGCAUGAAGUGGUGAAUUUCUGGAAUCUAUGUCUGUUUGAUUCUAUCAAACGAAAAGCGAUUUGUAACGUCGAAGUAUAACAUAAAAACAUCAGUGUUUGGGUACAAAAGGGGUCGAAUGCGAUUAUAUUCUUCGCCGCUGGAGCUGCCGAUGACAAGGAAGUCCACUUGAAUCUCCGAGGAAGACAAUCUUAUAGGUGGUUUUUCGUGCUCCAUUGCUGCCAGAAUUGCUUCGCUAUCAGGAAUUUCACUGUUUCACUCGUGACGUCAACUAUUGGAUCAUGGCCACUGAGUGGACUCCUUUGGCUUGUUUGUCAUCUUGCAUGCAAAGAAAUAAAGCAGAUAAGGAAUUGAAAGUUGCCCUUAUUGUAAUAAAUAUGCCAUUAGGUGGUAUGUUUGACAAGUUCAAGAAAUUGUGCAAUAUUGCAAGUGUUAAGAGUUACACUGAUGGAGGCAGCAGCCAAGUUUUCAACAUAGUUGGUGAGGAGCAAGAAAAAUAUCUGCCAGACUAUAUCAGUGGUGAUUUUGACUCAGUUGAUCCUGACAUUUUAAACUUUUACAAGGGAAAGGGCGUGGAGAUAAUCCCUACCCCAGACCAGAAUGAAACAGACUUAACAAAGUGUCUUAGAAUUUUAAUAAGCAACAAAAGCAUCAGUGAGUUUGAUCAGAUUGUUGUUAUGAAUGCAUUUGGUGGACGUCUUGACCACACUAUGGCUAACAUAGAAACCAUGUUUCACAUCACAAAGCUGACAAACAAACCCCUUUAUCUGAUGUCCGAGGACUCAGUUGCUUGUCUUCUCAUGCCGGUGAUGGUCAGUUAGAGUUUGGAACCUUGGUCAGUACAUCAAACACAUAUGACGGAAGUGGAGUUGUUACCAUAGAAACCGACACCACUGUUUUGUGGACCAUGGGAGUUAAAUAAAAUAAAUCAACCAAAGAAAAACUGUAGACAUGUAAGAUAUAGGACAAAAAUGAACGGUUCCCAAAGAUAGCUUGUGACUCAAUGAAGAGUCAGUUCCUCAGUUUGAGGAUGAUAGAAAGUAUAUUUUUGAAACCACUUGAGCUGAGAGUUCCUUCCCUCGAUGUUUGUAAAUAAAUAUAAAUUAUAAUUUUUUAUUAAUAUAAUUUUUUGUAUGCAUACUUUUACAGCAUCAAAAAAAUUUACAAUUUACGUUUUUCUCGGUGUGAUAAACACGUGUACUGUGCCCAGAAUAAGUUGCUUAAUUGACGAAAUUUUACUGAGGUUUGUGUUGUCUCAUAAAUUAUAUAUCAUUAUAUAUGCCUGACAAUAUUAUUGCAAUAAUAUGAGUUUGAAAUAAAAAUUUUUUCAGAAAGAAA